GAAAACAUUUCAGGAUCCAACUCGGCCUCGUUCACUCCCAAUCCCAGUUUGAGGACUCAUUUGAGGACUCACUCCCGCGCCACGCAUUGCGCACGCGAUCUGUUACCCAGAAUGAGAACAUAGCAUUGCUACGCUGGCUUUCUUUCCCAGCAGAGUGACCUGUGGGUGCCGUUUCCCCCCCGAGACAGGGGCGGCACUGGAUGUCGAAGCAACCAGUUUGAAGGGGGAGCGCUGCUCUUCGCCUCACCACUCUUGAGAUGGACGUCGCAAGCGAGAACAUGGGCUCCUCAACCCCAGCCCCGAACGGCCAGCGGCAAGACGAGUCUGGGUUCAAGCUGAAGUUCUGCACUGUUUGCGCGAGUAACCAGAAUCGGUCGAUGGAAGGCCAUCUCCGCCUCGCCCAAGCCAACUAUCCUGUCAUCUCGUUCGGCACCGGGUCCCUUGUGCGGCUACCGGGGCCGACCCAGACCCAGCCCAACGUGUACAAGUUCAACGAAACGUCGUAUGACAGCAUCUAUCGGGAGCUCGAGGCCAAAGACCCGCGGCUGUACCGGGCAAAUGGCCUGCUCAACAUGCUUGGGCGCAACCGUCUCAUCAAGUGGGGCCCCGAACGGUGGCAGGACUGGCAAGUCGGUAUGCCGAGGAUUAAGAACGAGAAGGACCAAGGCAGCGCCGGCCUCGAGGGCGGCGUGCCGGAUGUGGUCAUCACGUGCGAGGAGCGUUGCUGGGACGCCGUGGUCGAUGAUCUCCUGAACCGGGGCUCGCCGCUGAACCGGCCGGUCCACGUCAUCAACAUCGACAUCAAAGACAACCACCAGGACGCUUCCAUCGGAGGCGGGGCCAUUGUAGAUCUCGCCGAUGCACUCAACAAGGCGGCAGUGGAAGAGCGGGAGAAAGUGGGGGCCUCCGGCUUCGACGCCGGGAGCGCCGCCAGCCGAGCAAGCUUUGACGAGCGGGUCCCCGAGGUCCUGGCCGAGUGGCAAGAGAGAUGGCCGAAACUGCCGUCGACCUGGACGCUGUCUUGGUUCUAAUUGCAGGGGCGUCUCCUUCAUUGCUUUCUCUUGCACCAGAGGGCGUUGGCAUGAUUGGCAGUUCAGCGUAUGGGAUCGGGCGUUUGGGAUGUUGGGAUUCGGCGAAGAGAUACCAGGCAUCAGGUCAUGAGUUAUCUUUCCUCGAGAAUUGUAAACCUUGCCUUGUCCUCAACGACCGGAGUUCACCGAUGCCUUCAUUUCCCUUUCGCUCAGAUACAUGCAACAGUAGUCCGUAGUAUCCGGGAGAUGGAGUUCUCAGAGAGCUCCCAGUGUCCCUUGUGGCUCCCCCUUGACUCCACAACUGCUCCGCCUUCCGGGGUUGCUUGUGAUUGCUAA